CUUGCGUAAAUACAGGAACUGCCUUCUUGAGUCACUGACCUAUGACUGACUGGCACCAUUCAGAGGGGAAAUCUUCCUUGGCUGUGGAUAUAUGGCAGAAUAAUUAAGAUCGAUAUGCUGCAUAGUCUGUAAUGUUAAAUGGCUCACGCCAUAAGAGGAAUGGAAAACUGCGAAUGUGGAAUGCAGGGCAAACUAGUGUAGCCUACUAUGCAACAGUUCAAGAACAACUCGGAGCCCCAUGAGGUAGCUAUUAAGUCAGUACAGAACAUAAUUUUACCACUCAACAGAUUGCUACCUCUCUGGAUAACUUAUCGAGUGCCAAAACUUUUCGUCUUUCUGUGAUUUUCAAGGAGCGUUUGAGUAUAGGUCUACGUACACUGGCCAGAGUGCAAUGCCACGCAGACAUGUCUUCAAAGGUAGGAGUGAAGUUUUGCAGAACAGAAAUCACUGUUUGAGGGAGUUGGAUUAGCCUAUUUUGCUUAUUAAAUGUACAGUGAAAAUGAAGAUUAGGAAAUACUUUCGUGGCAGUGGGAGGGUUCUCGCCUUCGUUUUCGUGGCGUCUGUAAUUUGGCUUCUUUUUGACAUGGCUGCACUUAGAUUAUCUAUGAAUGAUGUCAACAGUCAAUUGCUGAAAGAGCUUGUUGUUAAAGAAAGGGCGGCUUUUAGAAGACAAGCCACGCGCCGAACACAUGUAGAAAACAGAAUAGGAUUCAAACAUCCAGUGCAGAAAGUGCCUGUGGACUUGGGGAAUGAUGUUAAAGAUUCAAAGAAAUUCGAGAAUAUUGCUGAAGUGUAUCGUAAGAGGCAGAAGCCUCAGCCUGGAAUAAAGGAACACAAUGUUGCACAGAAUGUUGCAAACGUAAAACCCGACAGCGUCACAUUACAUUCACCGAAGAGUGACAAAAAAGUUAAUGUAAAACAUGUGGCUGAAGGUUUAAAUGGACAUGAAGUCGCGAGGAGUCACAAGGAAGCAACUUUGAAUGUUUCCAAAACAAUGAAUAUGUCAAACUCGGACAAAGUCAGAUUUCCUAAAGCAGUAACUCAAACUAUUAAAGGCGCAGUAGCGAAGGACAACCCGCAGAACGUGAUUUUGACAAACGCCAAAGAUCCCAAAUUAACCAAAGCGCCAUCUGGUGUUCAGGAAGAUAGACAUGCCAUUGCAACAUUACUACAAGAAGAAACCAAGAAAGAAGAAAACAAGAAGGAGAAAAAUAAAGAAAACACCAAAGCCAGCUCUCACAAAAAGGCCAUUGAAGCUGCUAAGCCAAGCCUACAAGAGCAGCUGUCCAAAAAUGAUACCAAGGUACAAUCUAAACCUGACUCACAGGUUGUAGCAGUUCUCAACGAUGCCCAACAGAACACAGGGUCACUAAACAAGAGUGACCUUCACCCCAUGAAAACCCAAAUCCAGCUCACUCCUCAGCACAUGGUUCAGAAGGUGGAACCCAACCAAGUUAAAACAGAUCGAGAAAAAGGAGGACUCCAUAAAGUAAUGGCCUUGGAUGUGACCCUGAAACCCCGGGAUGCCCGAGCGGUGGGCCAGUUUGGACAAGCCGCAGCUGUACCAAAGGACAAAGAGCAGGAGGUGCAGAACCGCUGGAACGAAGGUCAUUUUAAUGUGUACCUGAGCGAGCAGAUCCCUGUUGACAGAUCGAUCCCAGACACCCGCCCUGCGUUGUGCUCUGAGAAUAUGGUUCAUGAUAAGCUGCCAACCACAAGUGUGAUCUUCUGCUUUGUGGACGAGGUGUGGUCCACAUUGCUGAGGUCAGUUCAUAGUGUGAUCAAUCGUUCCCCACCACACUUACUCAAGGAGAUCAUCCUGGUAGAUGACUGCAGCACGAAAGACUACUUGAAGGAGCCAUUAGACGCCUACAUGGCCAGGUUUCCUAAGGUGCGGAUCAUCCGUCUGAAGGAGAGAGAGGGUUUGAUUAGAGCUCGGCUUGCUGGGGCUGCGCAGGCCACUGGUGAGGUGUUAACCUUCCUGGACUCUCACGUUGAGUGCAAUAUAGGUUGGUUGGAACCCCUGCUUGAAAGAGUUUACUUGGACAGACGGAAAGUUGCCUGUCCGGUUAUUGAAGUCAUUAGUGACAAAGACAUGAGUUACGUCCAGGUUGACAAUUUCCAAAGAGGCAUUUUCAAAUGGCCCUUGGUAUUUGGGUGGAGCACCCUGCCUGAAGAUGUUAUCAAGAAGAACCACAUGAAGGACCGGGAUCCCCUCAGGUGUCCUGUUAUGGCAGGAGGUCUCUUCUCUAUCGAUAAGAAGUACUUUUAUGAGCUGGGAUCUUAUGACCCAGGCCUAGAUGUGUGGGGUGGUGAGAACAUGGAAAUUUCAUUCAAGAUCUGGAUGUGUGGAGGAGAGAUUGAGAUAAUCCCCUGCUCUAGAGUGGGUCAUAUCUUCCGCGGCCAGAACCCUUACAAGUUCCCCAAAGACCGACAGAAGACAGUGGAGCGCAACCUGGCCCGGGUGGCUGAGGUGUGGCUGGACGAGUACAAGGAGCUGUUCUACGGCCACGGCUACCACCACCUGCUGGACAAAUCUGUGAUCGACAUCGGGAACCUCACAGAGCAGAUGCAGCUCAGGCAGAAGCUCAAGUGCAAGAGCUUCAAGUGGUACUUGGACAACAUCUACCCAGACAUGGAUGCUCCGCUAGUCAAAGCAGAGGGACUGGUUUUCAAUCUUGGAACUAGAAAAUGUCUGGCCAUACAGAACAGAACCAUUGCUUUUGCAACCUGUGAUCUCAGCAACCAGAACCAGCACUUUAACUACACCUGGUUGAGGUUGAUCCGACAGCAGGGCCUGUGUGUGGUGCCGCAGGGCCUGGGCAAAUCUGUCUCUCUGGAGCCAUGUGACAACAGCAAAGCCCAGCAGCGCUGGCUUAUCAACACUAAUAAACUUAUGGCCGAGCACAUCAUUGUGGAGAGCACUCCCCGGCGUCUGUGUUUGGAGGCCAGCUCCAAAGGGGACGGGAUCUACGCGAGGGACUGCUUCUCUGGCAGCGAUCUUCAGAAGUGGCAGUUCACGCACUACUAUGCUCAGUGACUUUAAGGACUGCAUACAUACAUACAUACACUGGUGGAUCUCUCUGCCAACACAAAGAGAUGUAUUUUUCUUUUCUUCUGCUGAGCCAUUUCCUCACUCUUACCAAAAGACAGCUCUCCAAUGUCAGUGAAGUAUGCACGCUACUGGUAUAAUUACACGGUGGUAAUAUCGGGUAAUGUUGGGACUGUGCCGUGUGCAUGUAGGCCUCUGCUUUUACUCCUCUCCCCACAAUGAGAGGUUAUUCAAAGCAGUGCUACGGUCUGAGUGACCGCUUUUGUUUUUGCAGAUUUUUGGGAGUUGGGGUCAACUUACUUCUUUUAGUGAAUUUUCACAAAUGUUUCACAAAUCUGUGGUAGUGAUUUUUUCAAGGGUUUUACAAGGGUUUACAUUUGAAAGCAAUAUUGUUUUUGUUUUUUUUUCACAUUAGGCAAACAGUUCUCUGAUGUGUAUAUACAGUAUAAGAACAGUUUGAGGGAUAGUGGUACUGGAACGGCUAACAGAAAGAAGACCACAUACACUUUCCUGAAUCUCUCUGAAAAUCAAAAUGUUUACAGUGUGAGGAGAACACUCUCAGAAAGCUGGCUCUAUUAAACCAUAGUGCCUUGUGAUUUUUUCUAGUAUUGUUCUUGCUUUCAGUAUUGCAGUACAAUAUGUGCUUUGACUAUCCUCAAGACCUUAUUAACUUUUGAGGAUAGUGUGAUACUAAGAAAUGGCAGUUAACAAAGAAUAUUCUUGAUAGAAUAAAAUAUUAGAUUAUUAGAAUAUUAAACAUUUAACAUUUGUUCAUAUCCCUCAGUCAGGUAAUGAUUUCACAAGUAAGCAGUCGUAGUAAGCAAAAUAGACACUAGAGGGAACUAUUGUCACUGCUAUUUUUAUGAAAGAUUCUGUGUGCUCAUGGAAUAUUUUAUGUUUCGUCCACAAAACCAUCCAAUGGUUAAAGUAUUUUUGUAUGCUUGAAUGCUUGAAGUGAAGAUUAAAUUGUCAUUUAGGUU